AUGGUGCCAAUAACACAAAGGAUAGUGGAAGCUUUGAAGGUACAGGAUGAAGUAAGAUCUUCUGAUAUUGAAGGGCUUUAUUCGGAGGUACAUGGAGCAUUGAUAAGCCUUGAGAGCAAAGGGAUAUGCAACUUGAGAAAGGAGGAAUCGUAUGAGGAAGUGUUGACUUCUGAAGGAGAAAAAAUAGAGAAGAAUGGAAGCCAAGAGUAUUUGCUCUUUCAAUCGAUAGGAGAAGAUGGAAUAAGUACCGACAAACUGUCAGGACAUGAGGUGGGAAAGAUGAAUGCAUUCAAGAAUAAAUGGAUAAGAAAAGAGGGAGACAAAAUUUUUCGAAAUAGAGAAGAUGUUGAAGACAUGGUUCGGAAUAUGGUUUUAAGCAUGAAAAAAGGUACAGCUUCUGCAGAGGAGAUAGAGUUAUUGAGGAAAAGGAAGCUAGUGGCAGUGAAGAAAAACAUUACGUUCAUAGUAACGAAGGGUCCUAUGUUCUUUGAUAGUACUUCAUAUGCAGCUGAGCUAACAUCGGAAAUGAUUCUAGACGGGACCUAUAAAAACCUUAGUUUCAAACACUACAAUUUCAAUACCACAGGAAACAUUCCUCGAUGUGGAUCGAUUCAUCCUCUUAUGAAGAUAAAAGAAGAUUUCAAAAGAAUAUUCAUUGAGUUAGGAUUUAGUGAGAUGUCGACAAACCAAUAUGUCGAAUCGUCUUUUUGGAAUUUUGACGCAUUGUUUCAGCCGCAGAACCAUCCAUCCAGAGAUGCACAUGAUACUUUUUUCCUUUCGGACCCCGAACUAAGCUCUAGAUUUCCAGAAAACUAUCUUGAAGAGGUUAAGGAAACACACUGUGGAGGAAGGCAUGGAUCCUUAGGAUAUAUGAACAGCUGGGACAUUAAAGAGGCGCAAAAAAACAUAUUAAGAACACAUACAACAUCGGUCAGCGCUAGAAACCUAUAUCAACUUGCAAAAAAAGAAUUCAAGCCUGUGAAGCUCUUUUCGAUUGACAAGGUUUUUCGAAAUGAGAGUGUGGAUGCAACGCAUCUUGCUGAAUUCCACCAAGUAGAGGGUCUGAUUGCAGGAAAGGGUUUAAACAUAACUCAUCUCAUGGGAAUUCUUCAAGAGUUUUUCAACCGACUUGGGAUGAGCGACAUCCGAUUCAAGCCCGCAUUCAAUCCGUAUACAGAGCCCUCGAUGGAGGUGUUUGGGUACCAUAAAGGGAUGAACCGAUGGAUGGAAGUUGGAAACUCGGGGAUGUUUCGGCCGGAAAUGCUAGGGCCCAUGGGAUUUGAUCCUGAUAUAAAUGUCAUUGCAUGGGGAUUGUCUUUGGAAAGACCUGCCAUGAUAAAAUAUGGACUAAAGAAUAUCAGGGAGCUUGUUGGGCAUAAGGUCGACAUCGAAUUCUCCAGAAAAAGCAAAAUAUGUUUCUUUGAUUAA